AUGUCGGAAUUGGGCCAGCCGCUUCCUACCCCAGCUGAAGAUAGUGUGGUGGCUAAUGAGGACAAUGAGAAUCCUACUGCUGUUGUCAAUUCUGUUAAGGAUGAUGCAGGUUUAAUGGAUGCAUCAGCAGCUGACUCAAAAGCACUGCAAGUUGAAUCAGAAGAUGCCAUAGUAGUAAAAGAUAAGGAAAGCUGUCCUCCAGAUGAUCAGGAAGAUGAAGUGGAGGAUCAAAAAAAGCGACACUUGAAUGUUGUAUUUAUUGGUCAUGUUGAUGCUGGGAAGUCCACUAUUGGAGGACAAAUCUUAUUCCUCAGUGGUCAGGUUGAUGACCGGACUAUCCAAAAAUAUGAAAAAGAAGCUAAAGAAAAAAGUAGGGAGAGUUGGUACAUGGCUUAUAUCAUGGAUACAAAUGAAGAAGAGAGGGCUAAGGGGAAAACAGUCGAAGUUGGAAGAGCUCACUUUGAAACAGAAACCACGAGAUUCACUAUAUUGGAUGCUCCGGGUCACAAAAGUUAUGUACCUAACAUGAUCAGUGGCGCAUCACAAGCAGAUAUUGGUGUGUUAGUUAUUUCUGCUCGGAAGGGAGAAUUUGAAACUGGGUACGAGAGAGGUGGACAGACACGCGAACAUGUGCAGCUGGCAAAGACUUUGGGAGUCUCUAAGCUGCUAGUUGUUGUGAACAAGAUGGAUGAGCCUACUGUUAAAUGGUCAAAAGAAAGAUAUGAUGAUAUUGAGUCCAAAAUGUCUCAGUUUCUGAAGUUAUCGAGCUAUAAUGUGAAAAAAGAUGUAACGUUUCUCCCAAUAUCUGGUCUCAUGGGGACAAAUAUGAAAACCAGAAUGGACAAGAGCAUAUGUCCAUGGUGGAACGGCCCUUGCCUGUUUGAAGCUCUUGAUGCUAUUGAAGUUCCAGUGCGUGAUCCAAAAGGGCCAUUCAGAAUGCCUAUAAUUGACAAAUUCAAGGACAUGGGAACAGUUGUCAUGGGUAAAAUAGAAUCUGGAAGUGUUCGUGAAGGUGAUAACUUGAUGAUAAUGCCUAAUAAGGUUCCCGUGAAAGUCAUAGCUAUCUUCUGUGAUGAAGACAAAGUAAGGCGUGCAGGACCUGGUGAAAACUUGCGAGUCAGGAUAUCUGGAAUUGAGGAAGAGGACAUUGUAACGGGUUUUGUUCUUUCUAGUGUUGCAAAUCCAGUACCAGCUGUUUCCGAGUUUGUUGCACACCUUCACAUUCUGGAGCUGCUUGACAAUGCAAUUUUCUGUGCGGGCUACAAGGCUGUUCUGCACAUCCAUGCAGUGGUAGAGGAAUGUGAGAUUGUUGAACUAAUGGCGCAGAUAGAUCCAAAAACCAAGAAACCUAUGAAAAAGAGACCUCUUUUUGUCAAGAAUGGUGCUUUGGUUGGCUGCCGGGUUCAGGUUAAUAAUACGAUAUGCGUCGAGAAGUUCUCUGAUUUUGCACAGCUUGGACGAUUUACUCUUCGUACAGAAGGAAGAACUGUUGCGGUUGGAAAAGUAACGGAUAUCCCAGCUGCACGUGGUGCAUAAGCAAUUCAUCAUGAAAGGUGCCUCAAGUAAUUUUCGAGUGUUGGACUCAAUGGGAACAGAUGAAUGUCGUUGCUCCUUUUGUACUGUCGCUCGAUUCUAGUGGAUUCAGGGUUGUGAUCGCUACCUGUUUUGAGGGUAUUUUUGCCAUAUUUAGUAUCUUGCUCUAAAGCUUUUUCGAGAUUUGGUUCAAUUCGAGUAUAAACUGGGAUGUACUGGAGAGGUGGUUAAUAAUACCCGAUAGAUGUGCCCAAAUUUGUUCAUUGUCGUUUCGCGUGGUCGUCUUGAAUCUUGAUAUAUAUAUAUAUCUGACAGUCUUGAAUCUUGAUUUAUAUACUUGACAAACAUGUACGAAAAAAUCAUUAAUGUUGUACUUUUCUUCUCUAUCAAGUCUGCUAGAAUAAUUUAAGAAUAAGAAUAUAC